AUGUCUAGCAAUAGAGCGAAUGCUUUAUAUGGUGACACAGUUAUUGCUUUCUACAGAAUUUUCGGUUUACUGCACACAAUACGAAUAACGCAGAUAUCAAAUAAAGUUUACGUUCAGAGAACACCAACUGGUUCCAGCAAAAUGAAGAAACGAUUAACAAAGAAAUUAUCAAGAGAUCCGUUCCUUCGUAAUAUUCAAAAACAAAAACAAGAAAGUCAGUUAGCAAGAAGACAAGGAAAUGUGUCGAAAUUAAUCGAAAAUGAUACAAAAACGGCAGGAUUAACGAACAAAGAAGUAGAAGAAGUUAAGCCUCGCACAUUAAUCAAUAAGAAAAAUGUUCAACGUUUUAUGCCGAAAACAAAUUUUCAAUUACAAAAUGAUUCAUUUCUACCAUUGAAAACAUUCGAUAAUACUCCCAUGUUAGGAGUGAGAUUAUUAAGCGAGACUGCUGAGAAAAAUAAUACAAAACAGAAACCAAUUAUUUGUUCAAAAACUGCGUUGAAUUUUCAUAAUAGGCGUUUGGGAAAUAAAUCAUUAAAACGUAUAGAUAAUGAUUAUCGGAUAGGUUUAAAACAAAAGCGUCUCGCUGCUAAAUUAAAACUAGAGAAAUUGUGA